AGUGGAUGUUUAGUCUGGUAUUUUGGCAGAAGCUAUAGUAUAGUUAUCAUGGUCAAUGUUAAGGUUCAAACGCAAUACUUCGGAUUCCUGCUGUAUCUGAUGGGUGUGUCGAGAGAUUAUACAGGAGAACCGACACAUGAUCAGAAGUAACACUACUCGACACAGAUCAGCGCAAACUAGUUUUUAUUUCUUUCUUUUUUUGCCAUUUGUGAUCGAUUCAAGCGAGCCCACCAUCAUCCACUACAGCCUUAAGAGGAAACCAGCACUAACACAUAUAUUUUUGGCUCUCCAACUCUUGAAACAUGGCCGAACAGCUGCAGAAGUUUGUGUCACAAAAGAAGGAUGUUGUGGAGACCGUGAUGGAAGUCUUCGAGCAGGGUGCUGAAGUGGUGGCCAGCAUUGCUGGAGAUUUGUUCCCCCUUUUCGCCAUCGCAGCUCCUCUCGUGAAGCUGGCGCUGGAUAACGUGGAAAGCAAAGAGGCGGUGUACAUGGCGGAACAGUUCCAGAAAGUACGAGAUCGCCUCGAAGCCGUUUCCGAAGAAAUCCAGCAGAUCAACGAUGAGAUCAAGAAAAGCGGGAUUGAUGCUAGCUACUUCUCCGUGGAAGAGAACCUGACCAACCAGUUCCGCAAAUUUAUGGACAUUCUCAAAGCUAAACCUAAAUUCAAGGAGGUGAGAAAGAAGACGUUUUUGGAACACUUCAAGAAGACAGAUGGUGACAAGAACCUCCACAAACUGUAUAAUGCUGUGACAGGGAAUAACUUCUCUGGAGAGUCUGUGCUGGAGAUCACGCUGAAUUACGAGCAGAAGAGCCGCAGGCCGGUGGAGGAAUUCUGCGCUAUGCUCAAGCAACUGUUUUGCAUCGGAUUGAUCGCUUUACUGGGACACGCAGCCCUGGAAGGAUACGGCGAAGAGGAGAAGUUGCUUCAAGAGUGGGGUGAGAAGAUGAAAGAGGUUCAGUCUAAAAUAACCGUAGUCGUUGAAGACUGCAUCAACAGCUAUCCCACGCAGGCUGAGCUGGAAGCCAAACGCAUCGUAAGAGACCACAGCGACAAAACCAACCAGCAACUGGCUGACAUGUUAACAGACCAUUUAAAAAAUAAGUAUGACUGGGUGUUCUGGUCGAUCCGUGUCUUUAACUCUCCCAAAGGUUUGUUCACCAACAAGAAAGACUUCCAGGGUUUGACGGGAAAGAGUCGGUUUCAGGUGAUGGCGUCGGAUGAGAAGUUAAAUGUUGUGAUUUCCUACAGUGCCUCACCUGAACCCGUUGAUAAAGAUCGGAUACAGACUUUUGUGUCUGAACAGAAGAAGCCUGAGAUGACGGCGAUGGCUGAACAGCUUUUUGAGAUAAUCCCUCAUUGUGUGGUGCAUACAGUCAAGACCUCGUGUAAAGAUUUGGGCUUCUCCUGCAGCUUCUCUGAUGAACUACAUUACAAUGAUGAGUUCAAGAACUUUUAUGUCUUUCUUCAUUCUGCUUAAAACAAGCCUAAAACAGUAAUGCCAUUCUCAACAGCUACACAGAUGUUGAAGAAUGAGUUUGCAACAUUAUAUUUUAGUAAACCACAAUUAGAGUACAAAACCAUUCUGUGGUUAUGAUGUAAGGGCCAAAACAUAUGUUAGUGACAUCUGAGAGUUUUUUUGUACCACUAUUUUUGAAGUGAGGGACAAACAAAGAGAUCAAUAUAAUACUAAAAUCUGUCUAUCUAUCUUUCUACCUAUCUUUCUAUCUAUCUAUCUAUCUAUUGUCUUCUUUCAAAGCACAAGUAUAAUCAUACAUACAUCAUGUUGUGCCUUUAAUAUUUUCCAGAAGCCAAGACUAGAGAUUGUUGACAUGAUCACCUGCACAUUGUCCCGAAUAUAGAGUAUUUUCUCGCAGCUCUAAAAGAUCUGCUUCCACACUGUGGCAAACUAGCCUGUUGCCUGAAGACUCGUCUACUUUUAUUCUUUGGUGUAAUAAAUAAAUACAAAUCAUAUUCCCUAUACAUUUGUGAACUUGUGGUGGUUUGAUAUUUUUGCAUGUCAUAUUCAAUUACAUUUUAUUUAUAUGCCGCUUUUUACAAUUUACAACGGGAAGAAAACAAAACAAAACAGAAAAGGGUAGAAAACAGUACAGUGUGAUUUGUACAGUAACUUUGAUGAAAAGUUACUGAGUUAUGCUUUUGAUUAGUGCUUAUUAGCUUAUUAGUUUAUAUUAAGAGCGUAGUAGUUUAUACAUUCAUAUUUGUUUGAAGCUCUUUAAGUCUGAUUUUGUUAAGACUGCUUUUGCGACCGAUAUCAAAUAACAGAGGAAUGUUUUAGGGAGGAAUAAUAGUAGAGGUGCAAUGUAACUGAGUGCAGUUACAACUUCAACCUGCCCAUGGUAAAAAAAUACUAGGGACUGAAAAUACUGGUUAGCAUUAAAGUAUCAAGUAGUCCGUCUUUCUCUGUUUCUUAAGAUUUCAGCUUUGACUGUAGUUCUUUGUCCUAUUUGUUUUUAUAGCUGUGGUGUGAAGGGGAUUUCAGCUCAUCAACAGCUAAAACAGGAAUGAAACAGCUUUAUAGGUAGGCUAGAUAACAUAAUAACUAUUGGCCUCCAUCAUCAUAUUUAUAAAGUAAUGAAAUUUACAUAUUCUUUCAAAUUUUCCUUUUUUGGUUUAGUAAUGGCUUGCCUGAAAAUAUUGGGUCUUGAAAAUGUAUGAGUUUGCUUUUAUGAUACUGCAUAUGACUGUUAUUUAUUGAAGAAAUGGGCAGCCAUCUUCAAUUUAGAAAGUGAUAUGCAAAAUGGCGACUGAGUAUGUAAAACGGAAAGCCUUUCUGUAUUGAAAUGUUGAUUUUUCGUAAUGUAUUUACAGCGUGUGAUAAAAAGAAUAAAAGUAGGUCAAUAAAAUAAUUUUCAUUUAC